UCUUGAAAAGUGAUUUUGUGCCUCUGGUCCUUCAGUUGACGGCUAUAUUAAUGGCUAUGUAAUGCAAUUGUUUCACUUACUAUAGGUGUUGUAGUGCGUCUUGUUUAAAUAUGUUCCUUUUAUUACUUAAAAAAUAUUUAUACCAUCAAUCAAUCAAAUAAAAUCAGCGGCGAUUCGAUCUUUAGUUCCGAAAAUCUCAGCCGUCAAACAUCUUAAUCCAACGUCUACAAAAAUGCCUUCCUCCUUUCCCUAAAUAUUCCACUCUACGCGGCCCUCGCUUCCUUCCACCCCCAGUUUCCGUUUCACCCUUUUUUCUUUCUAUUAUUUUUCUCUCCGAUAACCCAAAAAUUAAAAAAAGGAAAGAAAAAGAAGCCCCAACAUAUUUAAAAAGAAAGAAACUGCGAAAAGAGAUGUCUAUAAAUUGGUUUCGUAUGCAACGUCAGAUCUGAUUUGCUUUAAAAGCAUCUAUGGCAUUUAUGAAAUUAUAGCAAAAGGUGUCUCAGUUGAAGAAUUAUACACCUUUGGCGUGUUCAGUUUAGAAUGGAAGGUGGAUUGUCUAGCUUCUGGGGUCCUGUCACAGCUGCUGAGUGGUGUGAGAAAAACUAUGUUUACUCAUCUUACAUUGCAGAGUUUUUCAACACAAUAUCCAAUGUCCCAUGUAUUCUUUUGGCACUCAUUGGCCUUAUAAAUGCGUUAAGACAACGAUUUGAGAAGAGAUUUAGUGUCCUUCACGUAUCUAACAUGAUACUUGCCAUUGGAAGCAUGCUAUACCAUGCCACACUGCAACAAUGUAAGCAACAGCAAGGUGAUGAAACACCGAUGGUAUGGGAAAUGCUUCUAUACUUUUACAUCCUCUACUCACCAGAUUGGCACUAUCGAAGCACAAUGCCUACUUUCCUGUUCCUUUAUGGAGUUGGAUUUGCAAUGGCUCAUGCUCUCUUACGCUUUGGAAUUGGCUUCAAGGUGCAUUAUGUCAUUCUCUGCCUUCUCUGCAUCCCUCGCAUGUACAAAUACUACAUCUACACUGAAGAUGCCUCUGCAAAGCGACUAGCAAAGUUAUAUGUAGCAACAUUAUUCCUGGGGAGCAUUUGUUGGCUUGCUGACAGGUUGUUCUGCAAGGAGAUAUCUGGUUGGUACUUCAACCCUCAGGGUCAUGCGCUUUGGCAUGUCUUGAUGGGCUUCAAUUCUUAUUUCGCCAACACAUUUCUGAUGUUUUGUCGUGCUCAGCGGCGAGAAUGGGACCCAAAAGUUGUUCACUUCUUGGGAUUUUUCCCUUACGUUAAGAUUCAAAAACCCAAGAGCCAGUAAAAAAUUUGCUCCCUAGUGAUUUUGGCAAGCUGGUAGCAGGCAUAGGAAUCACAAUUCAUUUUUUCCCUUUUUGUGUCUUUAAGAAAAGGAUGUAAAUGAUAAUUGAAUGUUGAUAGUAUUGUUGGGACUUCAUUUUCACAGUAAUGCUAGUCUUUUCCGGGAGAAAAAAAAAAGAAUGGAAAGUAGUCUGUCCCAUAAUUUUA